GCGAUAAGUGGGCGCGGGCGGAGCGGAGGGAGAUCCGAGCGGCGGCGGCAAGUGGGCUGCGGAAGACUGAGGAAAGCAACCAUGGAAGACCUGGGGGAAAACACCACGGUUUUAUCCACCCUGAGAUCUUUGAACAACUUCAUCUCUCAGCGGGUGGAGGGAGGAUCUGGACUGGAUAUUUCCACCUCGGCUCCAGGUUCUCUGCAGAUGCAGUACCAGCAGAGCAUGCAGCUGGAGGAAAGAGCAGAGCAGAUCCGUUCGAAGUCUCACCUCAUCCAGGUGGAGCGGGAGAAGAUGCAGAUGGAACUGAGUCACAAGAGGGCUCGAGUGGAGCUGGAGAGAGCGGCGAGCACCAGUGCCAGGAACUACGAGCGCGAGGUUGACCGCAACCAGGAGCUCCUGACGCGCAUCCGGCAGCUUCAGGAGCGGGAGGCUGGGGCGGAGGAGAAGAUGCAGGAGCAGCUGGAGCGCAACAGGCAGUGUCAGCAGAACCUGGACGCUGCCAGCAAGAGGCUGCGUGAGAAAGAGGACAGCCUGGCCCAGGCCGGCGAGACCAUCAGCGCACUCAAGGGGAGGAUCUCGGAACUGCAGUGGAGCGUGAUGGACCAGGAGAUGCGGGUGAAGCGCCUGGAGUCGGAGAAGCAGGAGCUGCAGGAGCAGCUGGACUUGCAGCACAAAAAAUGGCAGGAAGCCAAUCAGAAAAUCCAGGAACUCCAGGCCAGCCAGGAAGCAAGAGCAGACCACGAGCAGCAGAUUAAAGAUCUGGAGCAGAAGCUGUCCCUGCAAGAGCAGGACGCUGCGAUUGUGAAGAACAUGAAGUCAGAGCUGGUGCGGCUCCCUAGGCUGGAACGGGAGCUGAAGCAGCUGCGGGAGGAGAGCACGCACCUGCGGGAGAUGAGAGAGACCAACGGGCUGCUCCAGGAAGAGCUAGAAGGGCUGCAGAGGAAGCUGGGGCGCCAGGAGAAGAUGCAGGAGACGCUGGUUGGCCUGGAGCUGGAGAACGAGAGGCUGCUGGCCAAGCUGCAAAGCUGGGAGAGACUGGACCAGACCACGGGCCUGAGCAUCAGGGACCAGGUUUGGGCAGGUCUUAUGAUUUUGGAAGCCCAUGUCUGGCAACAUUGAAUGUGGUGAUGAAGUGGGCAGCAGGGACACAGAUGU